CAUAGGAAUGUGAAUUAAUAAUCUACAUCAGACAAAGAUGGACAGACUUUCGUCUAUCUUGGAACAAGACCUAUAAACCUGCCACAACCCCCUUGAAGAAACUCAAAGUUCGAGAACAUCUUCUGGACAAAAUCUGGCUGCCGGACAUACGAAUUACAAACUUAAAGGAGAUGAACCAAUUUGAGAAAUUUGGUGGAAUAAACAUGAAUAUUUAUCCAAGUGGAAGAGUUUAUUAUAGCCAACUGUAAGUUUUGGUUUAUUGAUUUAUAACUGAUUAUUGUGGGAAUUAAAUGAAUAUGCGAAUAAUGAUGAUAUAAAUGAUUAUAAUAAUAAUUACAAUAUUUUUUUUUUCUUUUAAAGAGCUCUUAUUAGAAUCCACUGUCCAAUGAAUCUGCGUAAUUUUCCUAUGGAUGAACAAAUAUGCUUCUUAAAUUUUUCUUCCUGUGAGUUAAUUUCUGUCGCAACACGUGAAAUUUGUAUUAUUUCCACUCAGAGGACAUUCACAUUGACGAGUUAAAUCGUCUGGCGCCAGACAGAGUACAGCAUUAUUGGAAGAGAUUAUUUCGCUGGCCUCAGAGUGACAAAACGUAACAAAGCAACGGUUUUACUAACACUAUAACCCUAUUCCAAACACCAAUUCUAACCCUAACCCCAACCCUACUCCAAAUUUGUUUCUAAACCAAUCUUGAAGAAAAACGUUUUGACGAAAUGUCAUUUUGAGGUCAGCGAAAUAGUUGAUGCCAGCAUUUUUAAGGUGGUUUUCCACUAGGUGAAAUUUUUCGAUCGCACCGAAAUUUCUAUUCAAAAGAUUUCUGUUUAGUUCUAUCUGAGUGCUUGUAAGACAAAAGAAAAUUUCGAUUCGGUCGAAAAUUUCGCCUAGUGGAAAACCGCCUUUAUUGUCCAUGAAAUUAUAUUUAUCAGAGCCAGAAUAGGUAAUUAAUUUAUCCAUAAAGACUACUUUCAGUAAAAGCGUUUUUUUUUGUUCUUGUGUACAUGCACGGAAAAGUUUAAAUCCAUUUAAAAGUUCGUUACGAAAUAACUAAUUGAAUAAAAGCAGAGCAUUUAGUUCAAAUUUGUGCGCAUUUCUGUUAUUCUCAGUAGGGUUUUUACUUGGGUAAGGCUAAAAGCAAGAAGAGGGAAUUUGAUAUCUCCACAAAGAAAAGCGGGGUUGAUGAUAUUAGAAUUAGCCUUUCUCACGAAGGCCGAAAUCCGCCAUUUUGGGGGUACUUUCUGGCCUCGUGAAAGAUUCUAGACAAUUUAAACAACGUGAAAAGCGACUUUUAAAAGUUGUAACUGUAAAUUUACCAUUAUACAAACAACUACAAUACUAAAAGUCGCAUUUCGUGGUGCGGAGACUCUCAAACGUGGCAGAGGCAGUAGCCAAAAAUGGCGGGAAAAUUGGCCCUUUAGAAAGGCCAAUUUAAUUGAAUUGAUGAUUGAAUAUUCACCGGGUUUUAUCUAUAUAUAUAAAACCCCUUUUUUGGCGGAUUAACAAGACGCAACGUCCGUAGUUAAAACUUCCUCAAAACGAUCUCUCACAUUCUCACCUUGAUGUUGUUUCUCCUGCUUUUCUGGGGACCCUUACCACCAAGAAACAGCACUUUUCAUCACCCAAUGGACCUUUCCCCUUAUAACUAAAAUUUUGAUCUAGACAAGUCUACACCAAGAUUUCAUCACAGCUUGAAAGAGCAUCACAAAAUUAGUAAUAUUCCAAAGUUUCGUUGCGAAAUGUUGUAAAAUGCGGAUAAUAGCCCUGCGAAAUUUGCAAUUUUCAGUCAUUUUGUAUUACAAACGGGAAAUUGAUGCCCCAACACCCGAUUGGGCGUCAAUUUCCCGUGCGUGAUACAAAAUGACUGAAAAACGGCAAACUUCGCAGGGUUUAUCAGUUAUCCGCAUUUUACAACAUUUCGCAACAAAACUUUGGAAUAUUACUAAUUUUGUGAUGCUCUUUCAAGCUGUGAUGAAUUUUUUGUCUAGAUCAAAAUUUUAGUUAUAAGGGGAAAGGUUCAUUUUGGGCAAAAAGGAUUUGCGUGAUUUAUUAAAUGAAAUUCAGAAAGAUAUAAAUCUUUCCGCGCAUAUACAUGCCUAUGGCUAUGGAAAACACUUAUCUGGAAAGUAGCCUUUAAGCCACGAUUCAAUUUGGUCGUAAAUGGCCUGUGAUUAUAAUAAUUUUUAACUGAAUAAACCAUGUAUAAAACAUAACUAUAUUCUCUGUUUAUAUGCAUGCACUCUGCUUAUAGUCCCAGUUCUAAACUGUUGUAUUUCUGCCGUUGAGAAAUAUCGUGACGGUUUUAAGAACGUGUCCUCUGAAAAAUUAAUUGAUGACAUCUCAAAUAUGUUAUUUUCACUCCAGAUGCGUACGGUAAGUCGCUGCUUACCUUUGUUCUACAAAAGAAAGAAGUUCAUCGAGUGAAUCUGCCACAAUUUGAGUUCGUUGAAACGAAGGAAUGUGUUGUUGAAAAUGAAGGUAGCUUUGUACAACGUGCUUAUACAUUUCACUUGAAGCGUGAUUGGGUUAUUUUACUAAGUUUGCCACAAACCAUGGCUACAAUGUAUGCCGAAACCAUGGUAUAAGGUGAUCUAUUUAAAGCAAAAUGCAAACGAUAACUUUUUCCAUUUUCAGAGAAGUUAAAAGCGAAACGAAUAAGUGUUGCUCUGAUCUUUAAGCGUCGCUUAGGAUAUUACAUUCUACAAAUCUACAUUCCCUCAAUGUCACUGGUAUUCUUGUCUUGGUUGGCAUUUCUGAUGGAUCCCGCUGACAUUGCAAACCGUCUUGUCCUGGUUACGACUAUGCUUGUAUCAAUGGUGUUCCUACACACGCAAAUGAAUACGUCACUUCCGCCCGUGUCGUACGCAAAAGCAGCUGAUUGGUUCGUUCUAGUCUCCUUCGGGUUCAUAUUACUUGCAUUGCUGGAAACCUCGUGGGUUUAUAGGACAUCCACCAGGACAUCCACAAAGUCAAAGCCAAUGGUGGGUUGUUUCAGAAUAUUCUGGUUUCCUCCUGUAGUAACACUGGAUCAAUAAGAGAUGAUCCUUACUGGACCUCUAGGAAGAACAGUUUAGAACUGAUAAAGCUAUCCAGUAUAAAUAAAGUUAGUUUAGUUUAGGUUUCCUCCUGUAGUAACACUGGAUCAAUAAGAGAUGAUUCUUACUGGAGCUCUAGGAAGAACAGUUUAGAACUGAUAGAGCUAUCCAGUAUAAAUAAAGUUAGUUUAGUUUAGGUUUCCUCCUGUAGUAACACGGGAUCAAUAAGAGAUGAUUCUUACUGGAGCUCUAGGAAGAACAGUUUAGAACUGAUAGAGCUAUCCAGUAUAAAUAAAGUUAGUUUAGUUUAGGUUUCCUCCUGUAGUAACACUGGAUCAAUAAGAGAUGAUUCUUACUAUAUAGGAAGAACAGUUUAGGAAGAACAGUUAUAAAGCUAUCCAACCCCGUACUCGGGCUCUUACCUGCUAUCCAGUUAUAAUACAAUCAGUCAAGUUCUAGUUUUCCUUUUAGUUUAUGAUUAUAUAGUACAACUUACCGUUAUGAAUUUCUUUUCGCAAAAUUUUUAGAAAAACCACAGGACGUCGUUUCAAUUAUACACGAGACAAAACCAAGACGAGAUAUCGGCCCCGGACAAAGAGGAUGAAAGACCGUCAAACGAACAAAGUUUUGAACGAAAUACUUCCAGAAAAGAAUACAUUAGUCUAUCAAAAGUUAUUGACAAACUUUCGCUAGUUCUAUUUCCACUCAUGUAUGGUGGAUUCAAUAUAUUCUACUGGUUUUACUUCAUGAAAUGAA